CUCAAAUGGUGGGUCCACACACACACAGUCUCCACAGGGAGAGAGAGAAUCGGCCCAUCCAUCCACAUACAAAGCACCCUAUUGUCAAUCGAUUGGCAUCUUCACCGCACAUAUAUAUAACCCCGAGUCAUGCCAUUGCCAACACCCCCCUUCCUCAUUAUUUAUUUCUGUCUUCUCAGAUUGUCUUUGCAACCACAACCCUUCUCUCUCCUCCUUCUCUUCACUUUUCCCUUUCCACAUCUCUGUUAACUCACUUUCUCUCUGUCUCUCACACUCCAUCCAUAGUCGAAACUGACGCGAAAGCGAGGUUAUGAUGAGUGACCAAGAGUGGGUGAAAGCUGCGAUGACGGACGACUCCAUGGUGGUGGAGCUGCUGGUGACGCUGAACCAGGCUACGCCACCGCCUAAGACGGCUUUGCCGCUCGAGUGGACAGUACGCCAGCCUCGGUCCAAGACGAUGACGGUUAAGUCUACCACGAGGGCCAGCCCCACCACUCCGCUUUCCUGGAGCGGCGCCACCUCUUUUAGCGGCGGCGCUGGUAGUGGAAGUGGAAGCGGAAGCGGUGGCGCCAUCGAUGGUGGUUUGGAAGAGUCCAGCCGUCCACUUCCCAAACGCUCAGUUGGCUCAGACACAACAAGAUCUAAGGUCAGAGUUUGUGCCCUCUUUCUUCUGUUCUUCUUUAGCGGUAUUGUUAGUUUUAUUGACAUCGUCAUCACUUCUCCGGUGGCCGGCGAUAUUACGGGAACAAGUGAAAGAACCACAUCCAAGAGGUCAAGAAAGAAGAAGACUUUAGCUGAACUUAAAGAAGAGGAGGUCUUGCAAUUGAAGGAAAAAAGGCGUUUGACGAGGGAACUAGCAUGCAUUUGCAGUACUUUAGAAAAGCAGAGAGCCACAAAUGAGAGCUUGAAGAGAAUGAAGUAUGAUGUCCAACAAGUGGAGCACUUGGGUGAAUUGCAUGUGCUAAUCCGAUUUAACUGUAGAUGA